UGCUCAAGGAUUUUCUACAUCUUUCAAAUAUCUUUCAACAAUUCACAAGUAGUCGUCGAUCUAGCUAUAUAACUUUUUAUAAAACAACUCAAACAUUCUGCACUAUUCAUCAUUUGCAAGACCUUUGGCUAACCGAGGAAAUGGCAUCAAAUGAUUGCGGCCAACAAUAUCCAUACGCUGUCUAUCACAGUCGACCUGAAGUGAAUGUCGCUAUUGGCUAUGGGGACUAUGGCUCCGAUGCCGAGGCCCAGGCGAAGGGUUUGACCUUUGACAAUGAGAGCAUACGCCGCGGAUUCAUACGCAAGGUGUACAUGAUACUCCUGGGACAGCUGGUGAUCACAUUUGGGGCUGUGGCUGUGUUUGUGUACAGCGAAGACGCCAAGAACUUUGCGGCCCAGAAUCUAUGGCUCUUCUGGGUGGCUAUAGGAACCAUGCUGCUGACCAUGCUGUCCAUGAUCUGCUGCGAGAGGGUGCGCCGCGAGACGCCCACCAAUUUCAUAUUUCUGGGCAUGUUCACUGUAGCUGAAUCGUUUCUGCUUGGAGUCGCGGCCAGUCGCUUCGCUCCCAAGGAGGUGCUAAUGGCAAUUGGCAUAACAGCCGCCAUUUGCUUGGCCUUGACGGUGUUCGCCCUUCAGACCAAGUACGAUUUCACAAUGAUGGGCGGCAUUCUGAUCGCUUGCUUGGUGGCCCUCUUAUUCUUUGGAGUCUUGACCAUCUUCAUGCACGGCAAAAUCAUAUCGCUGAUGUAUUCAUCGGCCGGCGCCGUGCUCUUCUCCAUCUACCUGGUCUACGAUACUCAGCUAAUGAUGGGCGGCACUCACAAAUAUGCGAUUAGUCCCGAAGAAUACAUAUUCGCGACGCUCAAUCUCUACUUGGAUGUCAUCAACAUAUUCCUCGAUAUACUCAACAUUCUGGGCAUAACUCAAGAUUAAAUUUAAACUAAAAGUAGUACAAGA